AUGACUAAAAGAGGUGGAAAAGCUAAGGUAUUAGCACCAGGAAAACUUCAAGAAAAACGAAAUCGCAUAAUUAACAAGAAGCAUAUCGUUAGGAAACCUGCUCAAACAACAUUGUCUGUGCAGGAUGCAUCAUCGGCACCAACACCAGCUCAGGCAGCAUCGUCCGUGCAGGUUGCAUCGUCAAUGCCAACAUCAGCUUCGCAAAAAUCGUCUGUGCAGGCUGCAUCUUCGAUGCCAACACCAGCUCAGGCAGCAUCGUCCGUGCAGGUUGCAUCGUCAAUGCCAACAUCAGCUUCUAAAAAAUCGUCUGUGCAGGCUGCAUCGUCGAUGCCAACACCAGCUCGGGAAGCAUCGUCCGUGCAGGCUGCAUCGUCGAUGCCAACACCAGCUCCAACUGUAGUACCUGUUCAUGCCACUACCUCUGAGAAAUUUAGUUUUAUGCCUACUCUGACUUUAAGCCAUCAAACAAUGGUUGGCCCUCAAAAUAUAAACCUUCAAACAAUGGCUAGCCCUUCAAAUUUGGCAGAGGAGGAAGAUGUGGAUGCUGAUGAGGAUGAGGCGGUGGGUCAAGAAACUGUUACCCCUCUUGUGCCAACAAUAGAUGAGAAUGGAAAAGUUAUUAUAAAACCAUCUGGUACUGGGCUAGUUUCUGCCAAAGAAGUUGCAGGUGCCAUUAAUUAUGCGAUACGCAAACAAUUUUAUAAACCUAUACAUCAUUGGUCUGCACUCGAUCUUGAUACGAAAACUGAUUGGUUUAAGUUGUUUGGAGAGAAGGUUUCGUGGGAUCCUUUCGAUCAUGCAUUUGUCUAUAGCGCCUUUGAAAAAAAAGGAAGAAAACGAUUAAACGACAUGUUGGGGAAGGCGAGGAGAAAAGGGACUCGACCUUCAUGGAUUGGUGAUGAUGCUUGGUUGAACUUCAAACUUAUUGGAAAAAGACCGAGUUUUUGGCUGUGUCUUCUCAAAACAAGACCAAUCGAGCUUCCGCAAGAGGUGGAGCAGUCCACACCACAGGCCUCACGUGAACUUCAAAGGGAUCUGCGUCCCGAUGAGUUAUUUUUAAAAACACAUAAGAGGAAAAAUGGUGAAUGGGUUGAUAGUCGUGCUGCAUCUACUUAUACUUUUAAAGAGAAGUUUGAUGCAGAACUUCAGCCAACUGAAGAAGGGAAUGGAAAGGUUGUUCAAGUGUUAGAUGGAAAGUGUGUAAAUCAGCUAUGGACAGAGGCUGCUGGGGGCCGUAACCGUGGUCGGGUUUAUGGCGCUGCAGAUUUAGCUAUUAAUCUAAAACGUGGAUCAAAAAGUUUUACCAAACAAUCUCAAACUCCUCAACACUCUAUGUUUGGGAUGUCAUUAGAAGCUGAAAGAGCAGCUAGAAUUAGAGCUGAACAAAUUGUCGAGGCUACAACGACCCAAUUACAAGAGGCUACCGAGGCUGCAAAAGCUGCUACCGAGGCUGCAAAAGCUGCUACCGAGACUGCACAAAGGAUGGAGAGGGAGAUGAAUGCUUGGAAGGAAUUUAUGAUGAAGAAAUUUGACACUUCAACUUUUGUAUCACAUUCUCAUCAUUAUGAUGACGAUUUGGAUGAUCAGUCAUUAGAUGAAGAUUGA